UCCUCUGUCCGUCUGGCAUCAGUUCAGCUUCAUCCUGCUCAGGAAUGCAAGCAGGGCCUGGCUCCCAAGAGACGGCUCCAAGGGCUGGCGCUGGCCCAUUGAGAGGCCCAUCUUAGCAACAACUUUGGCGAACUCUUUCCCAGGGGGACACAUCAGGCCACGGCCAGAUCCAGAGCACCCACCCGGUAUUCCCAGGAAUACCACUGAAGUAGUCCAAACUGAUUCACACUCAUCAUCUUCUUCCCCGGGGACAUAGUGGGGAUUCAAUGGAGACGGUUGUGAUUGUGGCCAUUGGAGUGCUGGCAACCAUCUUUCUGGCAUCUUUUGUAGCCCUGGUUGUGGUUUGUAGGCAGCGUUACUGCCGGCCCAAGGACUUCCUGAACCAUUAUGAUACCAGGCCCAUUGUUGACCAUAUGGGUUCAACAGAGACACAGUCAGAACCUUCCGAACUGGAGCUGGAUGACGUGGUGAUAACAAACCCACACAUUGAAGCAAUUCUGGAGAACGAAGACUGGAUUGAAGACGCUUCGGGCCUGGUCUCGCACUGUAUCGCUAUUCUAAAGAUCUGCCAUACCCUCACGGAGAAGCUUGUUGCCAUGACCAUGGGUUCGGGGGCUCAGAUGAAGUCUCCAUCCAGCCUCAACGAUAUCAUUGUGGUUGCCAAGCGGAUCAGUCCCAGGGUGGAUGAUGUGGUCCGAUCCAUGUACCCACCACUGGACCCUAAGCUUUUGGAUGCCAGGACGACAGCACUGCUGCUCUCGGUGAGCCAUUUGGUCUUGAUCACCCGCAACGCAUGCCACUCUCCCAGCCGCAUGGACUGGAUUGACCAGUCCCUCUCUGCGGCUGAAGAGCACAUGGCUGUCCUGCGCGAAGCAGCCCUCGCCUCCGAACCAGAACGUGCCGCACCAACUGCUGAGGGCUUUCUGCAAGAGCAGUCCACUAUCUGAGAGAGACAUCUGAAGCCUUGAGUUCUCCAUCAUUGCAGAUUCUCUGCUCUCAACUGACAUCACUGGCAUAAAUGCAAAGCUUACAACAGCCUCCUGCAGAGCCUAGUUUGGUUGAAUAGCUAAUAUCCCAGAGUUGAGUGUUUAUUGCUGCUUUCUGCUCUCUUAUAACUUUGUGCUGCUUUAAAAUAUACAAACUAGUGGCAUUGAGAAACCUUAAAUGUUAAAGUGAGGGGAAAGCAGAGUACUGUUUUUGGCAAUGAGGAUAAUUUAGUUGUGGUUAUUGGUGUAAAAAUAAGACCAGGAAAAUAACUGGUGUUGAAUUUUGAAAAUCAUAUGAAUCGGUAAGGGCUAUUUUUUGUCCUUUCUGAGCAUCGUAGCACAUACACAGCGGUAUUGUUGCCUUUGAAUAAUAGCUUCUUUGUGCCAUUAUCACACAAUGCUUUUGAAAUUAGCUUCUACUUUUUGAUAUGCACAGCUACUGUGUUUCAUCAAUUGUAAGAUGCCACCAAUUGUAAGUUGCACCCUAAUUCCAGUACUACCAACAACAACAGAAAUACGUAAGAUACACCUGUGAUUCUAAGAUGCACUCCAUUUUUAGAAAUGUUUAUAUAUAGGAAAAAGAUGUGUCUUAGAAUUGAAGAACUACAGUAAUAUUGUGGAUUCUGGUCCGUAUUCUUAAUGUUCUAUUUAUAUAGGUUGUGAUCCGUUUAUACUCUGAACUGGUGAUUGUAGAGAGCUGAAAUGUUUCAAAAAAUUCUCAUCUUAGGCCAAAUUUAUACACACACACACACACGUAUUUUCCGGUGUAUAAGAUGACUGGGCGUAUAAGACAACCCCCAACUUUUCCAGUUAAAAUAUAGAGUUUGGGAUAUACUCGCCAUAUAAGACUACCCCUCUUCCAAUGCACACCAAAUAAAAAGACUAUCAGAGCAGUAGCGCAAACACGCUUCUUUCACCCAUCUAUGUGAGUUGAUUAAAAAAUCCUGCCAGAUUUCUCUCCUAUACAAUCAAUCAAAAUAGUUUAUUGUACGGGCCCAAGGCCAUGACAAAAAGCAACACAUGCACACAAUAGUACCCUCGGAGCAAUAGAUUCCAGUGAUACUGAGCAGAAGCCAUAAUCGUGCUCCCGCAAGGAGUUAAAACAAUGCCAGUUAACAGUAAUUUUAAAAAAAAAAUUGCGAAAGAGUUCACAUAUAGAUGCAUAUUGUGAGUCCACUUAAUCCUUUGAGUCUCCUCGGCAGUUGAUGGCAAUUUUAUCUAAUUCUAUCUUUCUGAUCUUUUUGGCAGAUAGAGCAAACAGGGCUACUUUGUGAGUUACAUAGUUGUUUGUUCUCUCCUAUACACAUUUUGUAACUUUAAUCUGACUUCAGAUGAUCUAUCCUAUGCCACCACCUGGCCAUCAGAUCCAUAUACGUGGUUCUCAUGGAUUUGUGCUGUAUUGUUUUAAAAUUUUGGGUUAAGCUCAGGCCAAAGCCAAAAUACUUUAGGGUUGAAUUGUCAAUGCCAUCCCAAGCUUGGCCAAGUUAUGAUGACAUUUAAGGCAAAAAAAAUAAUCCUCCACAAACCCAUGUCCCUAAAAAUUUAACAGUAAUCAAUAACUUGCUGUCUUUUCAUAACCUAAAAUCACUCACAUGAGGUAGCUAUGUCACACCCAUCAAUUGUAGUACUGGCCAUAGAAUAUCUCUCCUCUCCACAACCAAGUCCAUUCUUGAAUGAAAGUACCUUCAUAUCAAUAUUUAGGUGUGUGGUUCAAUUGUGACUACUCAGUGGCACUUUGUAUAUCUUCAGAAACGUUGUUACCAACACUAAUUAUGAUUCUAUGUAUAUUCAAAUUAGUUUUGUCGCUAUUUAAAGAAGGGUUCUUUAACCACAGUCCCAUGAAACCCAAAGGUGAGAGGUUGCUAGAGGUUCUGAAAAAAAAUUGUGAUGGAAAUUAAAAUUAUUUUUUAAUCUGUAGAUGCAGUAUUUUUAUGUAGGGGUUCUCUGAGACCUGAAGAUAGUUUCAAAGGUACCUCCAGGUUAAGAAAGGUUGAUUUAAAGAAUACACAAAGUGCCUCGUCUUUUGUUUGAAGUCUUUGCCAACUUUUGAUAAACGCUUGCGCAUUUGUUUCCAAAGCUGUACUAUACAUUUUCCUAGCUUGGUCUUUGACAGACUUUACACCCGUCAACACUCCUAUUUUCCUCCUUCAUCAUGUUGCUGCCUUGAAAUAAAAAUUGUGUUUCCCAUAA